AUGCCGAUGACCUGGAAUGACCAGACGGACGCCAAGCUCCUCAUCGGAAUCCUCCACCUAAGCACCCAAAAGAUCGACUACGAAGCACUCGCCGAAUGGAUGGGACCGGAAUGCACCAAAAUCGCCGUGCAGCGCCGGAUCCAGCGCCUCCGCGAACAGGUCAACAGGGACUUCCACAUUGUCGGUUCUGCAUCUGCGUCUGCGUCGGGUUCUGGUUCUGGUGCGGAUGACGCUGCUGGAGAGGGAUCGUCUGCCUCGGGACUUGCGUUGCCGGAGAAGAAGAAGAGGGGUAGACCGGCUGAUAAGGGCAAUGGGAAGGCGAAGAAGAAGGCGAAGAUGAAAGGAAAGGAGAAGGAGGAGGCUGGUGAGGUUGAUACGGAAAUGGAAGAGGACGAAGAGGAUUGA